ACAAAAAUGUAAUCGGCAGUAUACUUUGUUUUCACAAUAUUCGAAAAAUAUAUGAAAUAAGAUUCUACAAAUUGUUAAUUUUGGGGUAGAAUGCUACUACUUCGUGCUAAGCUGCCUCACAAACUUGUUCAGACAGUUCGUUGUCUGUCUACUAAAGUUAUUCCAAAAGAUGAAGUUAAGUACACUCACACAAUCAAUUUGCCGAAGACGAAAUUCCCAACCCGGUUGACCGUUGAAAAACGUUUCGGUGUGCAGGAACGGCUACGAAAGACCAGCUUCAGGGAGCUGUACUGCUGGCAGCGCGAAAAUUUAUCAUCCGAACAGGAAUUCACACUACACGAUGGUCCACCUUACGCGAACGGGGACCUCCAUAUGGGCCAUGCUAUCAAUAAAAUCAUAAAAGAUUUUAUUUUGAAACACAAGAUUGCAUCCGGCAUCAGAGUGCAUUACGUACCCGGAUGGGACUGCCAUGGUUUACCGAUAGAACUGAAAGCACUAGAUGCCUACCAAAGCAAGAAGAAAGAUAAUGUGAAGCUGCUUGACCCGUUAAAAGUACGUUCCUUGGCUAGAAAAUUCGCUCUGGAAACAAUCGGCAAACAGAAAGCUGAAUUUGAAAAAUGGGGUGUGACGGCUGAUUGGUCGGAAGAGCGAUCCUGGUAUCGGACUUUUGAUCCGAGCUAUAUUCAGACUCAGCUCGAGUUGUUUGCGGAACUGUUCGAAAAAGGACUUAUUUACCGGGAUAUGAAGCCAGUGUUUUGGUCUCCAUCGUCCAAAUCUGCACUGGCCGAGGCAGAACUGGAAUACGAUGAGGCUCACGUGAGUCCUUCGCUAUACUUGAUGCUUAAUAUCAAACAGAUAGAAGGCUGUUUGGAAAUUCAAAGGCUUCUGGAUUCGGGUGCAACAGUUGCAGCUGUUAUUUGGACAACUACGCCUUGGACGCUGCCGGCAAAUCAAGCAAUAUGUUUUAACUCGAAUUUAGCAUAUAGUUUAGUGGCAGCCGAAGGCAGGAAGGAAUUAUUACUGAUCGGUUCUGAGUUGAUUUCAGACGUUUCGGAACAAAUUGGAAUUAAUAAUUUGAAAACAGUGGUCGAAGUUCCUGGAUCGAGUUUGAAAUCUGCAAUUUACGAGCAUCCAAUCAAUGGGGAAUGUUUGCCUUUUCUUCCGGCGGAGCACGUGAAAGCUGAAAAGGGUACCGGUCUGGUACACACCGCUCCCGCCCAUGGACCGGACGAUUUUCUAGUUUUUCUCGCACACAAGAUCCCAGUGAAAUCACUCAUCGACGAGUUAGGGUGCUACAAUCACAGUAGCCCGGAAUUUUUAAAAGGAAAAUUUGCUCUCACAGACGGCAAUCGGUUGAUUUUAGAACAUUUGAAAAAUCAAACCCUAGCUUGUGGCAGCAUAGUGCACUCCUACCCAAUCGACUGGCGUACCAAAGAACCGGUCCUUUUGAGGGCAAGCGAUCAAUGGUUCAUUAACACCGAUCGGCUGAAAGAACAGGCGUUGAAGGCCGUCGAAGAAGUGCAGAUAUUCCCUCACACUUCAGCGGAUGUUAGCAAAAAGGUGCUUCGUGGACAGCUGCAGAAACGAGCCUAUUGGUGCAUAUCCCGACAACGGGCAUGGGGCGUACCGAUUCCAGUGGUUUAUGAUCGAAGAUCAAUGAAGCCGAUUGUACACUCCGGAAUCAUUAGGAAUCUUGUUGAUAAAUUGACACAAACGGGUAAUAUUGAUUUCUGGUGGACUUCAACCAUCGAAGAACUAGUUCCGGAGUCCGUGCUCGCAGAAUUGAAUGUGUCGGCAAAUGACCUAGUCCGGGGCAGUGACAUACUGGAUAUUUGGUUCGAUUCAGGUAUCUCGUGGCUUAGCGUGUUGGGUAAAGAUCGUAUUGCCGAUCUGUACUUGGAAGGACUGGAUCAGUUCACAGGAUGGUUCCAAUCUUCCCUUUUGAUGAGCGUAGCUGCUAGGGGAAAGAGUCCGUACCGAGCCGUUUUUGUGCAUGGAUUUGCAGUUGAUGAAAACGGCCAAAAAAUGUCCAAAUCGCUUGGCAAUAUUAUCUCACCCAAUGACAUCGUGGAACAGUAUGGAUGCGAUGCCCUCCGGUGGUGGGUGGCGGCUCACGCCAUUCAAAAUACUUCAAUUCCCGUGAGCCACAAACUGCUGGCUGCAUCGGCUGAGAAUGUUCAGAAAAUUCGUGGUAUCAUUCGAUAUUUAUUGGGCGUCAUACCCAAAGGGACACAGACCAAGAUCAACGAAAGCCACUUGAACCACGUAGAUCGGUAUUACCUAGAACAGUUGCAGAAAUUGCAUGAUACGGUUUCUGCACUGUACGGAACAUAUCAAUUCAAUAAGGCCUCAGCCGUCAUACUAACGUUUAGCGUUUCAACGCUAUCCGGUUUCUACCUGCAUUUGAUCAAGGACCGUCUUUACUGUGGUUCGGACAACCAGUAUCACAUCAUUCAAACCAUACUCGCUCAAACGUUCAGUAUUUUGUGUAAAGUGCUGUGGCCGAUCGCACCUUUCCUGGUCGAAGAGAGCUGGAGAUAUCAUUCAGACAGGGAACCGUUUUUCAAAUCAUGUCACCAAUUGAAACCCGUAUUUCAAUUGGGUAAUCACUCUGACGUCGCAAGCGUCGUAGAACAAGCUUUAGACUUGAAACGUCACAUUUUCCAGCAGCCAAACAUGGAUAUCAACAGUUGGCUUCUGAAGGUGGAUGUUUUUUCACCAAAACAAUCCCUACGGCUUCUGCAACAACUUCAGCCUGAACUGAAUCAAUCGUGCAGCGAUUCGGAGCUUACUGAAAUACUUCAAAUUGGAUCAGUAUGUUUGCGUGAGUCGCCUAAUGAUGAGUUAAAAGUAAACAUCGAGAAAAUCGAAAACAGUCAGCUGUGCCCCCGAUGCAGACGGUUCACUCUAUGUGCAGAUCGUGGUCUCAUCUGUUCACGAUGUUUGACUGUACUGAAACAUAAGUCAAUGCAAGAAAAGUGUUAAACACAGUUAAAUACAAGCGUAGCUUGUCGACAGUUAUGUUAAGCAAAAUAAAAUGUUUAUAUCAGAAAA